GUGUCCUCAGGUCCUCAGAACAGCAGAGUGUCCUCAGGUGAGAGUUACGUCGUCAGCAGUGAUGAAGACAACGACACAUCUGAUGUCAUCAGGGCUGCUGUGAUGUCAUCUGAUCAUGUGACCAGGUCCACUCCCGGGACGAUCAGCUGUCCCGUUUGUCUCGACUCGUACUCAGAGAUUGUUGGAAGCGGCCGAUUGGUGGUGUCCACUAAAUGUGGUCACGUGUUCUGCAGUCAGUGUUUGAGAGACACUCUGACGUCGUCGCACACGUGUCCCACCUGCAGGAAGAGACUCACACACCGCCAGUACCACCCCCUCUACAUCUGACAUCACUGUGACAUCAUCGGUGUGACACCUUAUCCAGUGACAGUUUGUUGCUGCUGAACCUUUUUUAUUUAAAGUUUGUUUUCUGACAGUUAAUUUUAUCUGAUAAAGAAAAGUAGAAAUAAAUUCUGUUGAUUCUA